AUAGCUUUUACGCAUAUUAUGCAUAUGAGAAUAAGUCGCUUCUCAGUACAAAUAUUCAUUCAUCGUGCGUCCGCGCGUGCGUUUACAUUUAGUUAUAGCAAGUUUCUCCGUCAGCUGCGAGUCGAAAACAAGCGUGUGCAAGAUGAAUAAGAUAAUGGCCGAAGUCGACGUAAAAAGUGGUCUGCGAAGUAUCCUACAACGAAUAGAUGCUGCAUGCCAAAAAAGAAAUCCAGAACUGAGAUGUUUAACACCUCGCCUCGUCGCUGUGAGCAAAACAAAGCCUAUUGAAAUGAUCAUUGAGUGCUACGAGGAAGGUCAAAGACACUUUGGUGAAAAUUACAUCCAGGAGCUGGCUGAGAAGGCAAACAAUAAAGACAUUCUUGAGAAGUGCAAAGAAAUCCAAUGGCAUUACAUAGGAAAUGUACAGAGUAACAAAUUGAACAAAAUCUUAGGCAUACCGAAUUUGUAUAUAAUAGAGACUGUGGACAGGGAGAAGAUUGCAGAAGCAUUGAACAAAUCCUGGCCAAAGUUUAAUGAGAAUGGUGAAAAGAAGUUGAAUGUGUUUAUUCAGGUGAAUACAAGCGGAGAAGAGGCUAAGGGUGGUGUUGAGCCCACCAAUGUGAUUAGCUUGGCAAAGUUUGUGAUUGAGCAAUGCCCAAAUUUAAAGUUUGAUGGACUGAUGACCAUUGGCAGAUUUGAUUACAAUGUUGAGGAUGGCCCAAAUCCAGAUUUUUUGUGCUUGAAGAGAUGUAGAGACGAAAUUUGUCAGCAUUUAGAAAUUGAUUGGAAAGAUGUCAAACUAUCUAUGGGAAUGUCUGAUGACUUUGAACAUGCUAUUGAACUAGGAAGCACAAAUGUAAGAGUUGGUAGUUCUAUAUUCGGUUAUCGACCACGGAAAGUAUAAAAGAUGCUAGGAUUUAUUUUCUAAUAAUGGGUAUUUGAUUAUUGUAAAUAGCUGUCAACAUCUUUGACAAUAAAAUUAUAAAGGGA